AUGGUCGUUGGCGCAAUAGUGGCCUUGUUUGCCAAAUAUACGGCACUGCUCUUGGUACCUUACUUCCUCCUACUAAUCAGCUACCGCAUCUUCUUUCAUCCUCACCGGAAUUUCCCAGGGCCAGCAGCCGCCAAAGCGUCGGAUUCAUAUGCCAGCUUUUAUGCCCUGUCGCGAAGACUUGACUGGGCUACAUUUCGGGAUCAAGCGGUUUACGGGAAGUUGGGCACGAGAGCCUCUGAGAAAUCUCGAUACUAA